AAAGACUAUAUAAAGAAGGUAUAUAAGGUCCUCCAAAGACUGAGGGACGUAGGCCUUAACCUAGACCUUAAGAAAUAUAUAUUUGUAGUAAAGGAAGUUAAAUAUCUAAAGUAUAUCGUAGAGGCAAAGGUCUAUAUUCGCCCUAACCCUAAGAAGAUUAAAGCUAUCUAUAAGUAG